AUGCUCAUCUCCUACCUCUUAGCAUUCCUUUAUGUUUCAAACUACAUACAUCUAGCCAAGAGUCUAAACCAGCCAUUACCUUCCUUGAAGCACACCACCACCAUUAAUGCCGCCCAAAAAACCUCAGUGAGUCUGCACCAAUCUGUAACCUGGAAACAGAAUUCAUCUGGCCUGCAAACAUACAUUGUCUUAGUACAUCCACCAUCAGAAAAUACACCCAAUGGUUGUGAAAAAUGGUAUAAAUCUUUCUUGCCUGCAACCAAUUCAAAACUCAUUUACUCCUAUACAAAUGUUGUUAGUGGUUUCGCCGCUAAAUUGACUCAUGAAGACGUUGAAGAGAUGAAGACGAAGCCGGGUUUCGUUCAUGCGUACCCGGACCGUCUUCUGGCGCUGCUAACAACACACACACCUGAUUUCUUGGGCAUUAGCAGUGCAUCUAGCUUGUGGAACGGCUCCAACUUCGGUCAGAGCAUCAUCAUUGGUGUCCUAGAUACCGGCGUCUUACCGACACACCCCUCAUUCAAUGAUCAAGGCAUGCCUCCUCCCCCGGCAAAAUGGAAAGGGGUGUGCCAGUUCAAGAACUGCAACAACAAGCUCAUCGGAGCCAGAAACUAUGUGCAAGGACAAUCGAGCAAAGCACCAUUUGAUAAUGUCGGCCAUGGCACGCACACAGCCAGCACGGCAGGCGGCAUGUUUGUGAAAAAUUCAGACAUAAUUGGACAAGCAACCGGCACAGCAGCAGGCAUGGCUCCGUAUGCUCACCUUGCCAUGUACAAAGUUUGCACUGAUAUUGGCUGCUAUGAUUCGGACAUUCUAGCUGGAAUGGAUGCAGCUGUUAGUGAUGGUGUCGAUAUUCUCUCACUCUCCCUCGGUGGUUCUUCUCGUCCUUUCUACAGUGACAGUAUAGCCAUCGGUGCAUUCGGGGCAGUCGAGAAAGGUGUUAUUGUUAGCUGUGCUGCUGGAAACAGUGGCCCAUCCUACGGUACAUUGUCGAAUGAAGCUCCAUGGAUUCUCACAGUCGGUGCAAGCACGAUAAACAGAGUUCUUCGCACAACUGUGAAGCUUGGCAAUGGCCAACAGUUCAACGGAGAGUCGGCUUAUCAGCCACAAGGCUUCCGGUCCAUCCCUCGACCUUUGGUGUAUCCUGGUUCGAUCAAUUCAAGUGCGGCAACUUGCAAAAUUGGCUCCCUCAAAGGUAUUAAUGUUCGAGGAAAAGUUGUGAUUUGUGAUGAUGGUGAUGUAGACAGAGUGUUGAAAGGAUCAGUUGUCAAGAAAGCCGGAGGAGUAGCUAUGAUUUUAGCUAAUCAAGCCGUCGAAGGAUACACAACAUUGGCCUCAGUCAAUGUGCUACCAGCCUCGCAUGUUAGCUAUGAAGAUGGAUUGGAGAUCAAAACAUACAUAUCUUCUAAUCCAAAACCAAUGGCAUCCAUCUUCUUCCAAGGUACUCUGCUCGGCGUGACUCCGGCUCCGGUCACGGGGUAUUUCACAUCUAGAGGACCAAAUCAAGCAGACCCUAGCAUUCUGAAGCCAGAUAUCAUUGGCCCCGGUGUGAACAUUUUAGCUGCAUGGCCAUUUUUAGUCGGAGCAAAAUCAAGAUUCAACAUGAUAUCCGGAACAUCCAUGGCUACUCCUCAUCUUACCGGGAUUGCGGCAUUGCUAAAACAUUCACAUCCGGAUUGGUCUCCGGCUGCGAUCAAAUCGGCGAUCAUGACAUCUUCAGAAAUAACAGAUAAUGAUGGGAAUGUAAUCCUUGAUCAUACACUGAACACUGCUGAUUUCUUCACUGUUGGCGCUGGUCAUGUUAAUCCUUCUAAGGCCAACUACCCUGGUCUGGUCUAUGACAUCAAGCCAAUUAGUUAUGUUAGUUAUCUCUGUGGAUUGAAUUACACGGACAAGCAAGUCAGUGCUAUCACACGCCGUCCUAUCAUAUGCUCAACAAUACAGAGUAUCUCUGGUUCUGAACUGAAUUACCCUUCAUUUAUGGUGUUCCUAACUGCAUCAAAUAACUACACAACAGUGGUACACAGGACAGUGACAAAUGUUGGACUUCCAAAAUCAACAUACACACUAGAGAUUACACCACCACCAAUUGGUGUUUCAAUGAUUGUAAAUCCAAAGAGUUUGAAAUUUACAAAGGCCAAGCAAGAGCUUCAGUUCUCAGUGACAUUCAGCAGCACAAACAACAACACUGGAGGGUUGUCAUUCUUUGAAACACUAUUGACCUGGGUUUCUUCUGAUAAGAGUAUAACAGUGAGAAGUCCUGUCAUGGUAGGCCUCAGUUGAUUCAUUAAAGUCAAACAUGUGUUAUUGAAGUUACUAUAAAGGUCAUAUAAUAAAAC